UUUCCAUUUAUUUCAUGUGCUUUUAAUGGUUUUAACCAAAAUAUAUCCAGUUUGUCCGCGCAACGUCACGUGCUUGGCAUCAUGACGUCAUAAUGCGUGACGUCAGGAUAUCUUUGUAGAAAAACUGUAAAUAGUUCUAUUAGGCUACGUUUCCUGAUUUCUUUUACAUUUUAUUUUGAUAGAAUGUAUAUAUCUAUAAUCCGGUUAGUAUGUUUAUACAUCUAUAUAUUAAUACAUCUUUACUGAAGUAGGAAUUUUCUAUUAUUUAUAAUUCAUAUUAUUUCGCAUUCAAGUACAGUUCCAUACCAGAGAAAAAUAAAAAUGAUAUUUUCACUGUUUGAAACAGUGAAAAUAUCAAUUUUAUUUCACUGAUAAAUUUCAGUAUUUCACUGAAGAGCAUAAAAUAAAAGGAAUUCUAAUAUGUUUGUCUCUGUUAAAACACUCUUACGCUAGAAAGACGUCACGUUAACGUGCGGUGACGUCAACGUUUUUGUUGCGACAAAGAAAGAGCGCUUGUAUAUUUUAUCUACUGUUUUAAAUUAAGGGCAUAUUAGAAUCGAAAUAAUUUAUAGCAAAACCAUGUUUUAACACUAUUUAUACAAUGUACACUCGGGCGGUAAUAGGUCGUACAAAUAAUUAUUACGCCCGGCGUAUAACCGCCCAUCGUGCAUAAUCAGUGUUAAAACACUCUUUUGCUAUAAAUUAUUUUUUAAAUUUAUGUUAAAAUUUGAAGAUAUAAUAGUAGAAGUCUAAUUAAAAAUAAAUCAGUGCAACUGAUAUCUUUGCUAAUCGUGUCACGGUUUUGAAAGGAUACUGUAAUGAGCUCAAAGAUGGUAUUCUUAUGGACAAUUUCUAAAACUGAGUACCAAUAUAGACUACCUAUAUGGCAAUUACGGUUCGGUGAUGUACAUGACGAGUCGUACAGUGAAAUAUUGAAAGAUUUUGUUUUUACUUUCUACUCUCUUUCAAAGUACUGUAACGUUAGUAAUUUUCGUUUUUCUAUUUUAAGUUUUAUAAUCUCUGUUCAUGUCUCAUAGCUUUCUCAACAGACCCGGACUACAGACAUUUCACACUAACUAAAUUCCAUUCCAUCAAGAUAAGCAGAGGUUAUUUUUGGUGAGUAAGUUUAUUGAUAUGAAAAUGAUAUAAUCUGGCGCUUGAAUUCCUGGAAAUGUUCAUUUUUAUUUCGUGGAAAAUAAAACAUCUUUUCCUUCCUGGAAUUGUUUAUUCUUAUUCCGCCAAAAAAAAAAACGAAUCUUUUCCAAACUUCAUUUUUCUUAGCUCCACUACGAGUAGAAGUUAUAAUGCAAUAUUGUCGCAAAAUGGAAAGGUUUGAGACAUUUUUUUGUGUUAUACUUCUGUUCUGUCCAUUUAAAUCAGUUUUAACACUGUCAGUAGAACCAGUCUGUUCAAAAUUUGCGUACGAAGAACAAUUACUUGAGAAAAUGGUGCGUAUGGAAUUCUUUGUGGAAAAUAUGCAGAAAGAUGUACAAAAAAGUAUUACCAAUGUUAUGGACGGUAUGAAUGGCAUAAAAGAGAAAAACGUUGAAAUAACGGAUAAUCUUUCAGAAAAGAUAGAGAAAGUGGAUUUGAAGGUUGAAAAUGUAACUAACACAAUGAAUGGCCUAAAAGACAAAAACACUGAAGUGGCGGAUAAUCUAUCAGAAUUACAUGGAAAGAUACAGGAAGUGGAAUUGAAGGUUGAAAAUGUAACUGACACAAUAAAGGGCAUAAAAGAGAAAAACCAUGAAAUAACGGAUAAUCUUUCAGUAUUACAUGAAAAGAUAGAGAAUGUGGACUUGAAGGUUGAAAAUGCCCUUGACACAAUGAAGGGCAUAAAAGAAAAAAACAGUGAAGUGGUGGAUAAUCUUUCAGAAUUACAUGGGAAGAUGAAGAAAUUGGAAUUGAAGGUUGAAAAUAUAGUUGACAAAAUUGAUCGCAACAGCAAUGACAUAGAGGAGAUAAAGGCAUCCAAGACACCAGCAGUAGCAUUCAAUGCACGCGUGGCAGUAAAGUAUUCAGGCUCGAGUACUGUAGUGUUUUCAAUUGUUAUACUGAAUGAAGAUAAAGCGUAUAACGACAAAACUGGAAUCUUCACAGCUCCGAUUGAUGGGGUAUACCAGUUCAAUGCUCAUCUUUGCUUUGCACGGGGGAUCGAGGUAGAAUACUACCUUAAAGUUGGAGACCGCUCUAUUGCUAGUGGAGAAUAUAUUGUUCCACAAGGUGCAACUGACACAAAGUGCACGUCUUUCAGCGCCGUUGCUUUAGUUCGAAAAGGUGAAAAAGUGCGCGUUGGAGGCAUGUCCUUUAAGAAUUUAGAUCAAGAGAUUGAUGACUGGAACUCUUUCUCUGGUGUACUAAUACAAACAGUGUAGACAAACAUAAUGUAUUGUAUCUGACAUUCAUAGUAUAGUCAAAUGUAAAUGAGAAACUAAAUAUCUUAUGCUUCAAACGGAUAUUUGACAGUAUUUAGCAUGUACAUCCAGCUCGCAUUUAUAUAUUCGUGAAAAUGAACUGCUUGAUUUCAUUCAAAAUGCAAAACUUCAUGGAAAUAAUUAUCUAAAAAAUCUGUGUCUUUGUCGUACUUUUACGUUUUAUUAAAACUGUAAAAUAAACUUUUAUGAUAAUUAAGGCACGCAGUAAUCUAACUUGAUACAAAGCGGUGCUAUAUUUUUAUAAAUUUUUAUUUCAUCUGUAGUUAAAAAUCAUCGAUUGGUACUGUGUAUAUAUAUAAAUGAUAGGAAAACACAAUUUUUGACAAAUGUCCUCUUUGGGCAAUGCAUUUCAAUAAACCUGUGUUUUUA